CUGACUUCGUCCACACCCUCCUCUGUCUCUCUCUCUCUCUGUCGUUUCCUUUACGUCACAGUUAGAUGGGGAGACUUAAACCUCCCACCUCCCCAAGUCCAAACAAAGCUUCAACUACAAAAUACAGUACUCUAUCUCUUUCUUUCUCUCCACCUGUAAGACCGUUGCAAAGCCUCUUUGCACACACGUCCCCUUGUCUCUUGUCUCUCUUCCCAACCUCCUCUCCUCGGAGAACACAGGAGACACAGAGAAUCCUCGGAGCUUGCUGGUGAUGAUGGUCAUGGAGAAGAAAGCUUGCAUGGCUUUUCUCACCAGAAAGCUCAUAGCUUUGGUUUUGGUAUUGGGAUUGGCAGUUCUUGAGAAUCAUCAGGUGGGUGCGAGGUUUGUGGUGGAGAAGAGUAGUAUUAGUGUUUUAUCUCCAUUGAGUAUGCGUUCAAAGCGUGAUGGUUCCAUAGGGAACUUUGGAAUUCCGGAUUAUGGAGGCUUCAUGUUGGGCUCUGUGGUUUAUCCUGAGAAAGGUUCUACUGGGUGUCAGGCUUUUGAGGGUGAUAAGCCUUUCAAGGCCAAGUUCCCUCGCCCCACUAUUCUUCUUCUUGAUCGAGGAGAUUGCUACUUUGCCUUGAAAGUAUGGAAUGGCCAACAGGCUGGAGCUGCAGCUGUUUUAGUGGCUGAUAGCGUUGAUGAGCCUCUAAUUACUAUGGAUUCUCCAGAGGAGAGCACUGAUUCAGAUGGGUACGUAGAGAAGAUUGGAAUUCCAUCAGCUUUAAUAGAGAAGUCUUUUGGUGACAGCUUGAAACAAGCUCUAAAAAAGGGUGAGGAUGUUGUUAUACGAAUAGACUGGAGAGAAUCUAUGCCUCACCCUGAUCAGAGAGUUGAGUAUGAGUUUUGGACGAAUAGUAAUGAUGAAUGUGGGAUCCGCUGCGAGGAGCAGAUGAAUUUUGUGAAGAGUUUCAAGGGUCACGCUCAGAUUCUUGAGAAGGGGGGUUACACCCAGUUCACUCCACAUUAUAUAACUUGGUACUGCCCGCAGGCUUUCAUCCUUAGUAAUCAGUGCAAGUCCCAAUGCAUAAACCAUGGAAGAUAUUGUGCACCGGAUCCAGAGCAGGAUUUUGGAGUGGGUUAUCAAGGGAAGGAUGUGGUGUUUGAGAACUUGAGGCAACUAUGUGUGCAUAGAGUUGCAAACGAGAGCAACCGGUCAUGGGUUUGGUGGGAUUAUGUGACUGAUUUCCAUAUUAGGUGUUCCAUGAAGGAGAAGAAAUAUAGUAAAGAAUGUGCUGAGGAUGUCAUGAAAUCACUUAAUCUGCCCAUUGAAGAGAUUACAAAAUGCAUGGGUGAUCCUGGAGCUGAUGCAGAAAAUGUAGUGCUCAAAACUGAGCAAGAACGUCAGGUUGGACGAGGAUCUCGUGGUGACGUUACCAUCUUGCCAACAUUGGUCAUUAACAACGUUCAAUAUCGAGGAAAAUUGGAUAGAUCUGCUGUGCUGAAGGCCUUAUGUGCUGGAUUUAAGGAAACCACUGAUCCUCCAAUUUGUUUAAGUGGAGAUAUUGAGACUAAUGAGUGCACUGAACACAAUGGUGGCUGUUGGCAGGAUAUAAAAUCUAAUAUAACCGCAUGCAAGGACACAUUUAGAGGAAGAGUUUGCGAGUGCCCUGCUGUAAAUGGUGUCCAGUAUAAAGGAGAUGGUUAUACAUCUUGUGUAGCUUAUGGACCUGCAAGGUGCUCAAUAAAUAAUGGAGGGUGCUGGUCAGAAAGUAGAGAUGGAGUAACUUUCUCAGCUUGCUCAGAGUCCGCGCUAUCUGGCUGUAGCUGCCCACAUGGCUUUCGUGAGGACGGUCAGAAAUGCGAAGAUAUCAACGAAUGCAAGGAUCGUAGUGCUUGUCAGUGUGAUGGUUGCAGCUGUAAAAACACUUGGGGUAGUUAUGAAUGCAAGUGUAAAGGGAACCUUCUGUAUAUAAAGGAGCAAGAUGCUUGUAUUGAAAGAAAUGGAUCAAGAUUCAGCUGGUUCAUAACCUUCUUGGUCCUCGCAGCUGUGGCGGGAGCUGGUAUAGCUGGUUAUAUAUUCUACAAAUACAGGCUCCGGUCUUACAUGGACUCGGAGAUCAUGGCUAUCAUGUCACAAUACAUGCCGCUCGACAACCAGCAUCACAAUCAAGUCCAAAUUGCUGAACCUUUACGACAAGGCUCAGUAUAAGUUGCAAUUAUACUGCAGAAACGAAAUCUAAAGGAACCAGUGCUACAGUAAAAGAAUCUGAGCAGGAGGAUCAUGCUAAUGCUGGCUGUGAAUAUUCAGAUCCAUUUGACAGUUCUUGGUACACAAAGGACAGAUCCUGUUCUUCCUACAGCAUAACACUUCAGGAUGACCUUACGAGCUAUCUAUAUACAAAAAAAAGUUCAUCAGAGAACACUUUAUGUGUAAAGACAACUGUUGAGAUGUAAAUCUACGUUUUGAGGAGAAACCAUGAUUGAUGUAAUGAUAAGUUCAUAUAAAUAAGGAAAAGAGAAAUUGGGAUUGGUAAAAUAA